AUGGACGCAGCCCUGGUCUCCAGAAGGCAAAGCAUCCCAGAGGAGUUCAGAGGGGUCACCAUUGUGGAGCUGAUUAAGAAAGAAGGAAGCACCCUUGGAUUAACCAUUUCAGGUGGCACAGACAAAGAUGGAAAGCCAAGAGUCUCCAAUCUGAGGCCAGGAGGACUGGCUGCAAGAAGCGACCAGCUGAACGUUGGGGAUUACAUCAAGUCGGUGAAUGGCAUUAACCUGACCAAGCUGCGGCAUGACGAGAUCAUAAGCCUGCUGAAAAACGUGGGCGAAAGGGUCGUGCUGGAAGUAGAGUACGAGCUUCCGCCAGCCGUGCCAGAGAGCAGUGCUGGCAUCAUUCCCAAGACCAUCGAGGUGUCCCUCUACAAGGAAGGCAACAGCUUUGGCUUCGUGCUGAGAGGGGGAGCCCAUGAAGACUGGCACAAGUCCAGACCGCUGGUGCUCACCUACGUGAGGCCGGGUGGUCCAGCAGACAGGGAAGGGUCCCUGAAAAUUGGGGACAGGCUGCUGAGCGUUGAUGGGAUCCCUCUGCACAGCAUGACCCACGCUGAUGCCCUCAACAUCCUGCGGCAGUGCAGCCAGGAGGCACUCUUCCAGAUCGAGUAUGAUGUGACCAUCAUGGAUACUGUAGCAAAUGCUUCAGGUCCUUUACUAGUUGAAAUAGCAAAAACUCCGGGGUCUACGCUAGGAAUCACACUGACAACAACCACACACCGGAACAAGCAGGUUAUUGUCAUCGACAAGAUCAAGCCAGCCAGCGUGGUGGACAGAUGUGGUGCGUUGCAUGUUGGCGACCAUAUUCUCUCCAUAGAUGGCACAAGCACAGAGCACUGCUCCUUAUUAGAGGCAACUCAGCUUUUAGCUGCCACUUCAGAAAACGUCAAGCUAGAGAUAUUACCUGUUCACCAAAGCAGACUGCCUUUGAAGCCUCCAGAAACAGUCAAGGUGCAGAAGAGUGACCACCACCACUGCUGGGACCCUUGUGUCAACUACUGUCACACCCACCACCCUGGGCACUGCAAGACACCCACUUGGAACCAGACAUCUGGACAGGAUUACUGCAAAUCUUUGGUGACUGCCAACUUCUCGUCUCCCACCAUGAACGCGCAAGGCUUCCCCUGCCAGAAUUCUAACACGCUACCUCGCAGUUCUCACCCCAUGAGCCCCCGCACCACCAUGCUGAGGAGGAGGCAGAAGAAGAAGGAGCACAAGAGCUCACUGUCGCUGGCCUCCAGCACAGUGGGUCCUGGCGGGCAGAUAGUCCACACGGAGACGACAGAGGUGGUGCUCAGGGGAGACCCUUUGAAUGGCUUCGGACUUCAGCUCCAGGGAGGCAUCUUUGCUACUGAAACCCUGUCUUCCCCACCUCUCGUCCGUUUUAUUGAGCCUGACAGCCCGGCAGAGAGGUUAGAGACCUUGCCCUUGGAUGCUGAUGGUGCUGCUGCUGAACAUUUCAUGGUUUGGUGUGGGCUGCUACAAGUAGGAGACAGAGUCCUUUCUAUCAACGGCAUUGCAACUGAGGACGGGACUAUGGAGGAAGCUAAUCAGCUUUUGCGUGAUGCCGCUCUCACGAACAAAGUGGUGCUCGAGAUUGAAUUUGAUGUUGCAGAGUCUGUCAUACCCAGCAGCGGUACUUUCCACGUUAAAUUGCCCAAGAAAAGAGGUGUGGAGCUUGGAAUUACAAUCAGCUCUGCAAGCAGAAAGCCUGGAGAGCCUUUGAUCAUCUCUGACAUCAAGAAGGGGAGCGUAGCACAUAGAACUGGUACGUUGGAGCCGGGAGACAAGCUGUUAGCCAUUGAUAACAUCCGACUCGACAAUUGCUCAAUGGAGGAUGCUGUGCAGAUUUUAAGGCAGUGUGAAGACCUGGUCAAAUUGAAGAUUAGGAAGGAUGAAGAUAACUCUGAUGAGCAGGAGACAACUGGUGCUAUUAUCUACACAGUGGAACUGAAGCGAUACGGUGGCCCCUUGGGAAUAACCAUCUCUGGGACAGAGGAACCUUUCGAUCCGAUUGUCAUUUCGGGCCUGACUAAACGAGGACUGGCAGAAAGAACUGGAGCUAUCCACGUUGGUGACCGGAUAUUAGCAAUCAAUAACGUGAGCCUCAAGGGCAAACCGCUGAGCGAAGCCAUUCACCUGCUGCAGAUGGCAGGAGAGACGGUCACUCUGAAGAUCAAGAAGCAAACGGAGAAAUCCUAUCCCAAGAAGUCGGGGAGUAUAAAUGAAGUGAGCGACCCAGAAGAUGAACUGACGGACUCCCAGAAAACUAGCAAGCUGUCUGAGAUAUACUCCACCACAAUUCCUAGUGUGGACAGUGCUAUGGAGUCCUGGGAUGGCUCUGGCAUUGAUGCUGGGUAUGGUAGCCAAGGUACAUAUGUACCUCAGGCUGCAGGCAUAGCCCUCCAUCCACACGAAUGGAGACACAGCAGGCAAAAGAGCAGCACCCCGCCGGCAGACCCCAGGAAAAACUACCCCUACAUGGAUGGAAGCUUCGGUGAAGAUGACUGGGACAAGCCCAGCAGAUACCCCAACCGCCAAAAUGGCCUUGAGACCACUCAUGAGGAUAGUUUUUGGCGUGUUUUUGGAGAAGCUUUGGAGGAUUUGGAAACAUGUGGCCAGUCUGAACUUUUGAGGGAGAUUGAGGCGUCCAUCAUGACAGGGAGCGUGCACAACCUGGGCCUGGAGGGCAGCAAGCUGCUCCUGGACUCUGUCAACCCAUCGGGACUGAGCCCGUUGAGGAAAGCAAACUCCAGCUGUGAUGAUGGACAGACUGAGAGCAGCAGCUCCCCUGCCAAGAAGAACGAGAGGAACCUGGACAUGAAGAAGAUUGAGAAGGAGAUGCAGGAAAUCAUGUCCCCUACCCCCCUCGAGUUUCACAAGAUGACACUCCACAAAGACCCAGAGAGCGAAGACUUUGGAUUCAGUGUGUCAGAUGGCCUGUUAGAAAAAGGUGUCUAUGUAAAUAUGGUCCGUCCGGAUGGGCCAGCAGAUCAGUGUGGCCUCAAGCCAUAUGACAGAGUGCUUCAGGUAAACCGCAUCCGAACGAGAGACUUUGACUGCUGUCUGGCUGUUCCCCUGAUUUCGGAGGCCGGAGAUAAGCUGGACCUGGUGAUUAGCCGAAACCCCUUGGCACUGGCUGCCAACGCUCCCCCGGCAGGGAACAGGGAGCUGCCGGCGCAGAUGGCCCGUGGCGUCGAGGUCAAGGCAAGUGUCCAGACGCUCUGA